AUGAAUUCAUUAUUUAAUCUCUGUUUAGAUAGAAUCAAUUCAUUUGUAAAAACUAAUGAUGAAUAUUUUUUAGAAAAUAUCACAGAUUAUAAUAAUAAUAAUAAUAAUAAUUUAAAUGAUAAUGAAAAUGGUGAAGAUGAUGAUGAUGAAGAAUAUUAUAAUGACAAUAGUUUUGAAAGUAUUAAUAGAAGUGAAGAUGCACCACUUUCAAAAUUAUAUGAAAUCUCUACAAUAACUAAAAAUAAAAAUAAUAAAAAUAAUAAUAAUAAUAAAAUUAAAUUUUAUAACACAUUAAUUAAAGCAUUAAUUGAAAGAAAUAAAUUAAGUGUUGAUAUACUUUAUCAACUUUCAUUAUCAAUACCUCUUCAUUUUAUAACAUUUUUAGAUUUAAAAUCAAAUUUUGUUUCAAAUAAUCAUUGUUUAAACAUUUCAAGAAUUAAAACAAUUAGAUUUUUAAAUUUAUCAAAUUCAAAUAAAUUAGAAGAUAAAGGUAUAAAAUAUUUAAAAGGGUUACCAAAGUUAACAGAAUUGGAUAUAUCAAAUUGUUGUAGAAUUACCAAUAGAUCAUUAAAGUAUAUUGGUUUUAUGACAAGACUUGAACAAUUGGAUAUAUCGAAUAAUUUGAAUUUAAAUGACCAAGCAUUUAAAUAUCUAAUGGUACUAAGUAGACUAAAAGAAUUGGUAGCUAGAAACGUUCCAUUCACAGAUCAUUCCAUUUGUACACAAUUUCAAAAUCAAUUAAACAAUUACAAUCAUGGUGGUUCAAUUUCAAUUCAACCAUUUCAAAGUUUAUCAAUAAUUAAUCUAUCAAAUUCUUUUAUUUCAAAUCAAUCAUUACCAAUAUUUCUUCAAUUCCCUUCUUUAUCAACCAUUUAUUUAUCAAAUACAAAAUGUACACAAAUUGCAUUAAAUCAAUUUGCUUCCUCAAAUACUACUUCAACUUGUAAAAUUAAUAUAAUUCAAAAUUUUAUGACUAUUCAAUUAAUUAAUAAUAACAAUAAUAAUAAUAAUAAUAAUAAUAAUAAUAAUAAUAAUAAUAAUAAUAAUAAUAAUAAUAAUAAUAAUAAUAAUAAUAACAAUAAUGAAAAAGAUAUAGAUAAUAAUAAUAAUAAAAAUGAUACCAAUAAAUCAUUAAAAUUAAAUAAUAAGGUUUGGCCAGUUGAUCAAAUCAUUAAGGUCAUAUUGACUAAUAAUAAUAAUAAUAAUAAUAAUAAUAAUAAUAAUAAUAAUAAUGAAAAUAACAACAACAGUACCAAUACAAGUUUAAAUACAAGUUUUGAUAGUGAAACAUCAUCUUCAUCAUCAUUAAAUCUUAGUAAUAUAAGCAAUGAUGAUAUUGAUGAUAAUCAAGUAUUUAAAACACCAAUUAAAAGACCUCUAUUGUCUUCUACAAAUAGUAGUAGUGGUAAUAACUCUGCAACACCAUUAUUUAAAUCACCAUUAUUAAAUUUAUUUGAUGAAAAUGAUUUUAUUGGUGGUGGUGGUGGUGAUGGUGGUAGUGGUAGUGGUAUUAAAUUACCAUUAAUUAAAGAUCCAUUCUCAAGAUCACCAACUAAAAGAACAAUUUCAAAGGUACAUUCAUCACCUUCACAUUUAAAUAUUUAUAAUAGAUUCUCAAGUAAAAUAACAACAACAACAACAACAACUACAACACAAACUCAAUCACCAACUUCAUUAAAUCAACAAUUCGCUUUCUCACCAUUAAAAGUAAACUCUUCAAUAAAGAAAUCUGGUGGCUUCAGAACAAGUCAAACACCAUUAAUCUCUCCAAAACCUUCUCGUAAAUAUGAUUUUAGUGUUUACGACUGUAAUGAUGAUGACGAUGAUGACGAUGAAUUUAGUGAUCAAGAAAAAGAAAUCUAUAAUACUCCAAAAAAACAAAAGAUUAAAAAACAGCAACAACAAAAACAACAAUCACUAUCGCAACCUUUAAAACUACCAAAAUUAAACCAAUCCCUAUCACCAAUUAUUUUACCUCUUUCAAAUCAUCAACAACCACAAACACCAAAACAACCUCAACCACAAAUAUCUGAACAACCAAAAACACUUGAACAACAACCAAAAACACCAAUUCAAUCACCAAUUCAAAAGGCACCAAAACAAACACCAGAACAACAACAACAACAACCACCAAAAACAUCAAUUCAAUCACCAAUCCAAAAGACACCAAAACAAACACCAGAACAACAACCAAAAACACCAAAUCAAUCACCAAUUCAAAAGACACCAAAACAAACACCAGAAGAACAACAACCAAAAACACCAAAUCAAUCACCAACUCAAAAGACACCAAAACAAACACCAGAAGAAGAACAACAACAACAACCAAAAACACCAAUCCAAUCACCAAUUCAAAAGACACCAAAACAAACACCAAAAGAACAACAACCAAAAACACCAAAUCAAUCACCAAUCCAAAAGACACCAAAACAAACACAACCAAAAACACCAAACCAAUCACCAAUCCAAAAGACACCUCAAUUACCAUUACUAAGACAAACACCACAUAGACUAAGAUUAUCACCACAACAACAGCAGCAAACUCAAACGCCAUUAAAAAAUAUAACACCAAACAAGUUAUUAAGUAUUGAUAUUAACAAUUUUAUAAAUAUAAGUAAUAACAAGAAUAAUAGUAAUUAUACUCCUUCAAAAUAUAAUUGCAGUCCAGAAUAUAAACAGAGAGAAUCUGAAAAUGGUGAAAUCAAACUUGAAGAUAUAGAAAUUAGUGUAAUCAUUGAACCAAUUGUUGAAACACCAACAAAACAAUCAAAAAAGAGAAAAAGUUAUCCUUUAUCGGCUUCCAAAAAUUAUGGAAAUUACGAAAGAAUUGAUUCCAGCCAAAAAAUUUCAAAAUUGGUAUUUGGUGAAUAA